UUGGCUUGACGCACAUGUAUAUGUUGGUUGAAAAAGGGCAGAAGAAACACUCCACAUCUCCUAAAGGCUGACAGCUCUAAGAAGAUUUCUUGAUCUUGGGAGCUGACGAACACAGCCAUGAAGAGCUUGAAGUUCCUAGCAGCUGAGGGCUUCGUUCAAACCGGCCAAAAUGCGUGUAAGAACCUCCACUGCUUGUCUUACAAUCUCUACCCAGUCCUUUUCAAAGCCAGCUAUCUGCGUGAGGAGGCCUCAAUGCUCCACGACUUGGUCCAGACGUGGCCUCUGACAGAGCUCAACUUGCGCAAACUGUUGGGCAGGACGGUGGACUGUCCAGAUGAUCUCAUGUCCCGCACCUGCAGGCUCUGUCUGGAGGCCAUUCUCACAGGUUUAAGGGACUAUGUUCUUCAAGCUCCAAGCACGUAUGCAAAAAUGCUACGUGUGGUGGAUCUAAUUGGUCUGCAAGACAUAGAACACCAGGUUUGUUCCUGCAGACGGACUCUCGGCCGUUGGGCACGAACUGAGCUUCUUACCCGUAUGUGCUACGAGACUAUGGUGUCCAUGCAGGCCGGCCAAGCGGCACCGUCAGCGUUCGAUGUGGAGGUAGAUGUGCGUUUAGAUGCUUUUGUUACUGGACGGAACUACGAGGUGGUUGCUCAGGCUCUGUUGCUGAGCAGACACUGCCCGUUAAAACUGCAUUUUGUAGGCCUGCGUGUGGACUCGCUGAGCCUCAGGAACCUCUUUUACCUCCUGAAGCUGGUGGAAUCACAUGGCCUGCAGAAGCUGGAAGUGGUGCACAAUGUGCAUCUGGAGGCUCCACACAUUGAGGUACUGCUUUCCCAGCUUAAGUUCCCUCAGUUGCGCUCGCUCACGUUUCCUGCGCAGGCUUUUAAUGUUCACAGGCUGGGUCCAGAGGACGAGGGCCUCAUGGGAGUUCUGGGUGAGCUGAUGAGCAAACUGACCGAACUGAGAGAGCUCUAUCUGGGGUUCUCCACUCUGACGGGACAGCUGAGGAAACUGCUGAGUCCACUGAGCACUCCUCUGCAGUGUGUUGAGCUAGCGAACUGCAGUCUUAAUUCACUGGACAUGGCCUACUUCGCCAACAGCCUGCACAGUGAGUACUUAGUAAAGCUGGAUCUGAGCGGUCAUGAGGUAGCUGACCUCUUUCCCAACACCUUCCGGAAGCUUCUGCAUCGCUGUUGUGCCACACUCACUAGUCUGGGUCUGGAAGAAUGUGCACUGGAUGAUGAAAAACUGGAUCUGCUCACCCAAGCACUAACACCUUGUCAUGGGCUACAGGAAUUGAAGAUCCUGGGAAAUCCACUGAGCACAGCAGCUCUCCGCCAUCUUUUUAAUAUGCUGGCUCUGGGUUUUCCUGCUUUGAGAUAUAUUGAGCUGCCCGUUCCUCGUGACUGCUAUCCUGAAGGUGUAACCUACCCGCUAGAUGACAAGACGCUGGUAAAUUACGACAGGGAUAAGUUCCAACAAGCUCGGACUGAACUUGUUGGCAUCCUAGAUAGGGAGGGAAAAGGACAUAUAGAAGUCUGUACACCAUUAUUUGGAGCCUAUGAUCCUGAUAUCAACGAGACAAGCAAUGAGCUGGGAGUCUCCAUGCUGCACUCCUUCAACAGUGUCAUAGGAAACUUCAUUGACACAGUCAACAGUGUUACCCAACGGAGAGAGCAAAGAAUGAUGGAGUGAGAAAUUAAAUUUCAGCAUUGAUAUGUGACCCUGGACCACAAAACCAGUCUUAAGUCGCUGGGGUAUAUUUGUAGCAAUAGCCAAAAGUACAUUGUAUGGGUCAAAAUUAUAGAUUUUCAUUUUAUGGCAAAAAUCAUUAGGAAAUUAAGUAAAGAUCAUGUUCUAUUAAGAUAUUUUGUAAAAUUCCUACUGUAAAUAUAUCAUUUAUCACUUUGAUUAGUAAUAUACAUUAAGAACGUUAUUUGGACAACUUUAAAGGCAAUUUUCUCAAUAUUUUGAUUUUUUUUGCACCAUCACAAUCCAGGUUUUCAAAUAGUUGUAUUUCGAUCAAAUAUUGUCCUGUCUUAACAAACCAUACAUCAAUGGAAAGCUUAAUUAUUCAGCUUUCAAGUGAUGUAUAAAUCUCAAUUUUGAAAAAUUGACCUUUAUGACUGGUUUUGUGGUCCAGGGUCAUGUUUCUUACGCACUGAAUCAACAUAGAAUGAUUUUUGAGGGCCUGUGUGACACUUAAAGGAGAAGUCCACUUCCAGAACUUAUUCUGAAUUUACAAAAAAUUUACUCACCCCCUUGUCAUCCAAGAUGUUCAUGUCUUUCUUUCUUCAGUUGUAAAGAAAUUGUUUUUUGAGGAAAACUUCAGCAUUUUUCCCCAUAUAAUGGACUGAUAUGGUGCCCCGAUUUUGAACUUUUAAAAUGCAGUUUAAAUGCGGCUUCAAACGAUCUCAAAUGCAGUUGUAAAUGAUCCCAGCCGAGGAAGAAGGGUCUUAUCUAGCGAAACGAUCGGUUACUUCAGUAAAAAUAAUUUAAAAAAAAUAAAUUUAUAUACUUUUUAAUGUCAAACACUCGUCUUGUCUUACUCUGCCUGGACUGUUUUUGUUCCGUUUCAUGACGGAAAACUCCAGUCUCAUGUUCUUCCUCAACUUCAAAAUUGUCCUAUAUUUAUCAGUCCAUUAUAUGAAGAAAAAUCCUGAAAUGUUUUCCUCAAAAAACAAUUUCUUUA